AUGAGAAACCACACUGCAAUAACAACGUUCAUCCUUCUGGGACUGACAGAAGAGCCUCAGCUGCAGGUUUUGCUUUUCAUUUUUCUGUUUAGCACCUCCAUUUUGAGUAUAACCAGAAAUCUGACCAUCAUCACCCUCACCUUGGUGGAUCCCCAUCUUAAAACUCCCAUGUAUUUUUUCCUUCAAAAUUUCUCUUUCUUAGAAAUCUCAUUUACAACCGCCUGUAUUCCAAGAUUCCUAUACAAUAUAUCAACUGGGGACAGAACCAUUACUUAUAAUGCAUGUGCCAUUCAACCAUUUUUUACGUAUCUCUUUGGGACAACUGAAUGUUUUCUCUUGGCAACCAUGUCAUACGAUCGCUAUGUGGCCAUCUGCAAACCCUUGCAUUACCUGACUAUCAUGAGCAACAAACUGUGCAAAACAAUGGUUCUCUGCUGCUGGAUGGCAGCACUUAUGAUUAUCCUCCCACCACUCAGCUUAGGUUUCCAUCUGGAAUUCUGUGACUCUAACGUCAUUGAUCACUUUGCCUGUGAUGCGUCUCCUCUCCUGAAGAGCUCAUGCUCAGACACGUGGUUAAUUGAGCAGAUGGUCAUAGUCUAUGCUGUGCUGACCUUCAUCAUCACUCUUGCAGUGUGUGUAGUUCUCUCCUACUUAUACAUCAUAAGGACAAUUCUAAAAUUCCCUUCUGUUCAACAAAGAAAAAAAGCUUUUUCUACCUGUUCUUCCCACAUGAUUGUAGUUUCCAUCACUUAUAGCAGCUGCAUCUUCAUCUAUAUCAAACCAUCUGCAAAAGAAGAGGUGCACAUUAACAAAGGCAUGUCAGUGCUUAUUUCUUCCAUAUCACCAAUGCUGAAUCCUUUUAUAUAUACUCUGAGGAAUAAGCAAGUUAAACAAGUCUUUAAUAGCUCACUCAAAAUAACUGCAUUUCUCUUAAGAAAGUAA